AUGGAAAUCCUUGAGCAGGCCCGCGCAAGCGUCGUUCACAAAUUUUCCGCAGGUGGCACGCUUCCGCAGCUCCCUAAUGAAUAUCAAGACGUGGAAAGCCUCCUGGAGAUGGCCAUGAGCGAGCAAGCGUCCGCGCAGGACACCUUGGUCCUCGCCAUCGCUGCGCUCAGGCGCCUGCAUCGUUAUGUCGAGACAAGCUGGGAUCACGCCUUCGAGGGCCAACGCGAAAGCAACAAGUUUCACUUAACGCAGUGGGAGCAUAUGCGGCAGUUGUAUCAGCGUAUCCGCUCCAUCGAGCACAAGGUGAACAAUGAGGGAACGGGACCCAGCUCGGCCGCGGACGCGAGUCCCGGUACUGACAGCAGCCACACUGUCUUCAAUGUCCCCAACUAUCGCUACGAGAUGUUGGAGCAGAAGGUUGCCCAACACGACGAGGUUAUCCAAGCCGUCCGCCGCGAAGGGCACAACGCCAACCCCAGUGGCGACGUCAUGGACCGCGCCGUGGCGCGCAUGAAGCACGUCAGUGAGGUCCAGGCACAGGACGCCAUGCGGGAGUUUGCCCGCGCCGACGCGGCGCGGGCCGCUCAGGUCGACGGCUUCGCCGACCAGCUCGAGGAACAAUUACCAGUCCUCAAACAUUGCUCCGAACUUCUUCCUCGGUUGACUGAGUGA